UCAAAGAGAUUAGGCCUGGCAGGUGUUAACGCCUCGAAGCAAUUGUUUUUUUGCUACCCAAAGCUCCUCAGAUUUGCGUUAUUUAUUUUGAAAAUGACAAAAUUUUCAUUCUGAAAAAUAAAGUCAGCCACCUUGAAAUGAUGGGAUAUCUGACGCUCUUGACCACGUUCUUAAUAUGUGGAACAUGGCAUCAUGAUUUGGUCUCACAUGCUAGGAAAUGCAGUGAGGGGUAUUCCGAGAAAAACACGGCGUUAGUAGACUCGGCCUACAAGACUAUUGACGCGGCAAGUCUUGGAGAAUGCAACCUUAAGUGUGGUGAAGAUCAGAAUUGCCUCAGCAUCAACUUCUGGUUAGUGGAGAAAAAGUGCGAUUUGAACAACGCGACGAAACAGACGGCUCCAACGCGACGCUGGGACGUGAAAAACUCCAUUUACACCGUGAUCAGUCCGGAAGUCUUCUGCCCUCUUGGCUGGAAAAAGUUCCAAAACUCUUGCUACUGGACCGACGCAAAGCAAGUGAAUUGGGCCGAUGCACGAGCUGCCUGUGGUAUUUUGGGCGGAGACCUGGUAAAGAUCCCGAGUGCGCAAGUGAACGACUUUAUCUCGACGAUCACGAAGUCUUCGGUUAAUUGGAUUGGUCUGAAAAAAGCAAAUGACGGGUUGCUCAAAUUGGUGGUUGAUAACUCGAGACCUUCGUAAGUGAAGUAUCAUUGUUGCAAUUCUCAGAAUGGCCUCUAUUGGAACCCCUAGUACACUAAAAAAACAGAUGGCAAACAAACAGCCACCGAAAAGGGCAGAUCAGGGUGCACUGAUAAAGAGAACAGAAGGCAGAAGUUUAGAUGUAG